AUGCUCAGCCCUUCUGUCACCACUGUCCUUGCACUGUUGUCAGGCUUUACUGCCGCGGCCUCUCAACCCAGACAGGCAAAAACUUGUACUGUGAAGUCUGGCGGGAGCAACGGGACUGAUGAUGCUCCUGCAAUCAUACAAGCAUUUCGGGAGUGUGGACAAGAUGCCACGGUUAUUUUUGAGCCUACGACUUACCAUGUCAAUUCCGUGAUGAAUAUCACUUGGCUGAACAACGUCAAAGUAGACCUUCAAGGCACCCUCUCUUGGGGAACCAAUAUCUCGUAUUGGCUCAACCAUUCUAUGCCAGUUGGAUAUCAGAACCAGUCUACAGCCUUCAUCUUAGGUGGGGACAAGGUCACUGUUGAAGGGCAUGGCCACGGGACUUUUGAUGGCAAUGGUGAUGACUGGUACCGCUUCAUUCGGCAGCAGCCGAACACAUCGAACUAUCCAGGAAGGCCGCAUGCUAUCACGUUCAAUGGCUUAACAAAUUCUGUGGUCCGAGGCGUGAGGUUUUUAAGGAGUCAGAUGUGCCAUAACAAUACGUUUGACAGCAUCUUCAUCAACAAUACCGGUAACAGUGUACAAAGCUCUAAUACCGAUGGUGCCGAUACCUUCUUCUCCUCCUCUAUCAAAUUCAACAAUUGGACGGUUUACAACGGCGAUGACAGUAUCUCCAUGAAGGCGAACAGCACUGACAUCAGUGUCACAAAUUCUAAGUUCUACAAUGGUUUGGGCAUCGCUUUGGGCAGCAUUGGACAGUACAAAGGCGCAUUUGAAACAAUUGAAAGACUGCACUUCGAAAACAUAUCGUACUUCAAUACAUUACACGCGGUCUACGUAAAGACUUGGACAAACGACCAGAAUGGUUACCCGCCAAAUGGAGGAGGCGGUGGCCUUGGCUUUGCUUCAAAUAUAUCUGCCAGUAACCUCGAGAUGGAAGGAAUGCGCGGUGGCGCCUUCACCAUCUCCCAAUGCACCCGUUUCUCAGGCGCACCCGGGACUGGUAACUGCACAAAUUCACAGUUCCAAAUACGAAAUCUCGAGAUCCGAAAUGCGCGCGGUACCACGAAGAACAAGAAUGUCGCGAGCUUUCAGUGCAGCGCCGUGGCACCAUGUACCGACAUUGGUAUUUUCGACAUCAACGUGACUUUCACCAAUGGGACCGCUGCAAAGGACUAUCUCUGUGGUAAUGUUGUGAACCCGCAAGGCUUUGAGUGCACUGGGCCGCCCCCAAGGGCCCAAGACGAAGCCAUGCCACGUAAAGAGGCCCCUGGCGUUGAAUGCACCGGCGGCUAUAAGAACAAAGUCGUCCUGGGGGAAGAGAACAAACCAAGGCUGGUUAGAAUUUGGGAUGACAAGAAAGAAAAGGUCUUGCACGUCAUCGAGGUGAAGGCAGGAGAAACCAUCCGGCGCUACGUCCUGGGAUCUCCAAGAAAGGCUUUAUUUGUCACCGUUGAUGACAUGAAGCAGACAAUUGUAAAAAAGACGUGGCUCAGCCACCAAGACAGGGAACUGGCUGAGUCGCUCGUCCAGGAGAUCCGCAAACAGUUCCUGAGGCCAGAGAAGCCCAUCAGGAUCAGUGCGGAUGCCGACCAGCCCGCAUUGGUCGAGGCGCUUGAUGGACUGCAAGUCCUGUCACACCUCAUGAAAAAGAGAAUCAACAGGGAGGUUAAGCCGGCUGUACCGCCUAAAAUUUACUGCGUGCUGAUGAAAGAAGAAGAAAGAGCAAGUUUCCUGGCCGCAGCUGAAAAAUCAUUCGCUAAGAAGCGCGUGGAGACCGCCGCAGGUCAGGAACCGGCGGGUGAAGAAGAGGCAAAGGCAGAUACGAAGAACUACUUCAAUCAGAUCCUCCCCGACGGCAUCGGGUCUCAAGGUCACCAUUACAUCAGAAUCGAAAACGAAAAGAAGGAGAAGGUGGCCUCCUUGUGGACGACAUAUGACAAGAAAACCAAGGUGUCAUUCUGUCACCACAUCGAGGUUGAGCCUGAGAAGCGGGGGAUGGGUUUCGGCACCAAGGCGGUGGCAGUCUGGGAGCGUGUGGCCUUCAAUCAGGGGGCCAAGGAGAUCUGGGUGGUCCUUUUCGGCAAGAAUAAGCGAGCGGACAAGAUGUUCUUGCGCGCAGGGCUCACCAACGUAUCGACCGCCUAUCGCAUCAGGGACUAA